AUACUGUAUAAUUUUGUGACACAGGCUGCAGAGAGGGCCAUCACUGAUGUCCUUAAAGUUCUGUAUUCUCAGAAAUACAUGAAGACUAAUGAAGGGAGCUUACCUGUCUAUGACUACUGCAUUUCCAAAAUGCAUUGGAAUGAUAAUAGAAUCAAGAAAAAGUUUGGAAAUGAAAAAUUUCUGAAAUGUGAUAUUAGAAAAGAGAAAAUGGUUGAUGUGAAUUUUGCAUACAAAGUAAUAGUAGAAUUAUGUGGCAAUGCAUUCGACUGGUUGAGUCAUGAUUGCCGAAGGCUAAUUAGGCUAGUUAAGAAUUACAAAUACAAGAUUUGCCAGAAAUACGGACUAAAUGACAAGGAACUUGCAGUGGAGAUGGACCGAUUUUUUAAGAUUGUUAAAACUAUCUAUACAAAUGUUGGCCAGGAAUUCCACAAAGAUUUUAAAGAAAAUCUGGAAGAUAUAUCAAAUAUGAUGGUAUGUAUCACUAAACCUUUGACAUCAAACAAAAUUUUGCAUAACUUUCUAGCAGAUGUUGAAGUUCGUAAGCUGAUUACGGCACAAAACGAGCUGGCAGAACAAUACCGAGAGCUUCAAGUGGCAAACCCAUUUACUUGGAUGAAUGACGAGUGGUAUGUAAGCUUUAAAAGUGGCGCAAUGCCUAAAACAGUUUUAGAAGAGAUUUACUCUCCCUUGAAAAUUGGAGACACCAACACAAAAGUAAGAAAAGAGCACUUGCUGACAACUACCAAGAGAGUAGCGGGAGAAGAGGUCAUAACUCCAGUUUUGCUGCUGAACGGUGUUACAGGUUCAGGAAAAACUGUUCUCUGUUAUCAUCUUGUACAGAAUUGGUGUGAUGGAGCUAGCAAAAUUGAUGAACUUAAUAAUUUUGAUUUAGUGUUCCUUAUCGAACACAGCAAAGUCAAGUCAGCUCUUUUUAAAAAUGUAAUGAGGGAGCAGAUGUUGACCAAAACUUGCAGAGAUUUUCAGAUAGAAAAUUUUUUUAAGUUUUUUAAAGGGCUUUGAUAACUUUUUAU